UCGUUUUCUGAGCUGCUGUUUGAGUUCCAUUUCUCCAAGCUUUCUACUGCAGUGACUUGUUUAUUUGUAGAAUCUUGUUCCAUCCUUGGAGAAUUAAAGGCAAGCUACUAGAUUCUACAUAGGAGACGUAUUAAACAGAACCAGACUCAGGACUCAGCCACUGGAGAAUGAAAUUUGAGCUCCAAAAUAGUAUGGGAAAGUAGCUACAUAACUUUUUAUAUUUAGGCUGUUUUUCUGUGGAAGGCAUUGUCCCAUCCACAAUUUUUUAAAAAAUGGUUAUGCACUGUACAGAUGUGUGUAGACUUUCCCUCCACAGUUGAAAAACUGAUUAGAAAAGUAGCUUGAAAAGGCUAGCUCUGAGCGUAAACAAAGUGGAUGGAGGGGGGAUGUUAAGCAGCUACUUCCUCUCCCCUUUCUCCUCACCCUUAUAUUGUACAGCACUUGGACUGGAUCAGGUCCACUAGCAACAAGAGCAUUUUACACUCCCCAGAAAUGCUCUGUCUUCUUGGGAACAUUUUGUUUUUAUUUUUUCUCUUCUUUAGUACUUUGGAGGCUGAAAGUAGAAACGGGCACAUAGCAUUAUUGAAAAGGAAUAGCUAUGUUGCUAUUUCCACUUGUGAGAUGGAUAGUAUGCUUUAGGGUUGGAUGAAAGGCCUGACUUUCAUGGACAGAAACAUUCAUGCAUUUCUUUUUAGCAGGAUCCCCCUCCUGUUCCCCACAUUGUAACUCAUCCCAUUUAUCAGAGUCCUCCUAGCUAAAUUCUGUGUAACAUCUUCAGAGGGCAGGAUGGACUGCUAUAGAGAGAAGUAUGCUUCCACCAACCAGGUGCAUGUACCUAAAUAUGGGUCCAUCCCAUUGCCUUUGUUUUGGGCUGGCAGGAUUGUCAGACUGAGACUAAAAGCAAUUAAGUGAUUGUAUGAAUAAGCCCUUAGAACUGUUCUUUCAUUCAGAUGGACCAUGGCUUAUCUUCACUGGUCUACUUAUUUUUGAUGGUGGGCACAGUGACUCUCUUCUGCUAAAGAUUUGUUGAAAACAAAAUGAGUUACACAAGAACACAGUUUUCCUUUCUUAAAGCCUCCAUUCAGUUCUGACUGGCUUACACAGAGGUACACAUUGUAUUGCAUUCAUAUUUAUGUUAUAGUCUACUUUCUUUUACCUUGAGGGAAAAAAUCCUUAUCAAAGUUUUGUUGAAUUGGAUUUCAGGGAAACACUUCUCUCAUUAAUACAAUUGAGCAGGCUUUGGACCAUGAUCUGAUUAGAAAUCUAGAUGAACUUCAGCAUGGGCUUCUUAUAUGACCAACUCUCCUACUCUGAUUGUAAUGAUAGGCCUUCCUGCAAGAGGAAAGACCUAUGUUUCCAAGAAAUUAACUCGCUACCUCAACUGGAUUGGAGUGCCUACAAAAGUAUUUAAUUUAGGUGUCUAUCGUCGUGAAGCUGUAAAAUCAUACAAAUCAUAUGAUUUCUUCAGGCAUGAUAAUGAAGAAGCCAUGAGGAUUCGAAAACAAUGUGCCUUGGUGGCUCUUGAAGAUGUGAAAGUUUAUCUCAUGGAGGAGUCUGGCCAGAUUGCGGUCUUUGAUGCAACCAACACAACACGAGAGAGACGGGACAUGAUCUUAAAUUUUGCAAAAGAAAAUUCCUUUAAGGUAUUUUUUGUGGAGUCUGUAUGUGAUGAUCCAGAAGUCAUUGCAGCCAAUAUAUUGGAAGUGAAAGUCUCCAGUCCUGACUACCCCGAGAGAAACCGAGAGAAUGUAAUGGAUGAUUUCCUGAAGCGAAUAGAGUGCUAUAAAGUCACUUAUCAGCCUCUUGAUCCAGUUAAUUAUGACAAAGACCGUUCUUUCAUUAAAGUGAUCAAUGUAGGGCAACGCUUUCUUGUCAACCGUGUCCAGGAUUACAUCCAAAGUAAAAUCGUCUAUUACCUCAUGAAUAUUCAUGUCCAGCCACGCACCAUCUAUCUUUGUAGACAUGGUGAGAGUGAGUGCAACCUUGUUCGUAAGAUUGGUGGGGAUUCAGGCCUGUCAACACGUGGGAAGCAGUUUGCACAAGCACUGAAAAAGUUCAUCAGAGAGCAGGAGAUUGUGGAUCUGAAAGUUUGGACUAGCCAAUUGAAGAGAACAAUCCAGACAGCAGAGGCCUUGGGGGUACCAUAUGAACAAUGGAAGAUAUUGAACGAGAUUGAUGCUGGAGUAUGUGAAGAAAUGACCUAUGAAGAAAUUCAGAAGAAAUAUCCAGAAGAAUUUGCACUUCGGGAUCAAGAUAAAUAUCUUUAUCGCUACCCUGGAGGAGAAUCUUAUCAAGACUUAGUCCAGCGCUUGGAGCCUGUGAUUAUGGAGCUUGAACGACAGGGCAACAUCCUUGUUAUUUCUCACCAGGCAGUUAUGAGAUGCUUACUGGCCUAUUUCCUUGAUAAGAGUGCAGAUGAGCUACCCUACCUGAAGUGCCCUCUUCAUACCAUCUUGAAACUCACACCAGUUGCAUAUGGGUGCAAAUUGGAAAUGAUUUCCCUGAAUGUUGAAGCUGUGGACACGCACAGAGACAAGCCAUCCACAAUAAACAACCUUCCAAAGAGCCAAACCCCUGUAAGGAUGAGAAGGAACAGCUUUACACCACUAGCCAGUCCGGACACAGUAAAACGGCCUCGCAAUUACAGUGUUGGGAGCAAGCCUCUCAGUCCAGCAGGGUCUCUGUUGUUCCUGGAGGCUCAGGAUGGGGCUGAUCAACAGAAGCCGCAAGACAGUGUUCAGGUGCAUCAAGUGGGAAGUGCUUCCCUGGAGAAAUCAGACGCAAUCAGCCGUGAGCCCCUGGUGUCUGUCUCUCCACCAAGUGAGAUUGACCCAUGAAAGAAGCAUUUGCUACAAACCUGUGUGCAGAAGGGCCAGUCUGUUACAUAUCCUUCCUCCCGUGUUGUUUUGCAGCUAUGCUGGCCUGCACUCCCAUCUGCUGUGUUAUUUGAGCAAAUGUGACUGGUAAAUCUUUCGAUACCAGCUUUUUCCAUUUUAUGUGUGAACCUGACCUGUAUUAAUAUUUAUUAAUCUGCCAUUUUAAAAAUGCAAUUCCAUGCUAGCUGUUGCUGAUGAAGUAGGGUGUGUGCGUGUGUGAGUGUCUGUGAAAAUUUAUAUGUGAAAUUUCCCCCCAUAUAUGCUGAUGUUGGUGACAACUCCCUUGAAACACCUGUAGGAGCUUAUUAAUGGAAUGCAGCUUUCCUAGAAACUGUAAUCCAUGUAUAGUCACUUGUUGCUUGUGAGUGUGAUUUGAUAACCUUGCAAUAGAAAAUAUUUGAUAUGCAUUUGCUUUUUGUUAGGAAACGAAUGCAAGGAAAUUUGACUCAAGUGUCUAGGAUGUAGUUUGGAUACUUGGCACUACUGCCAUGUUUUGCCUUAAUGGAAACAUUCUCAAAAGAAUGUAAAUAUGAUUUGUGUAGAUAAUAUACUUUCUUAUUAGCCUACAAUGCUUCCAUUUUUUGUUGGUUGUCCUGAGAGUGUUUGUAUGUGUGUCUCAAGCGUUACUGCUUAAAUUGCUAUAAUUGCCAUCUUGUUUUGUUUUCAAAUCCUGACAAAUGGUAACGUUGUGAGCCUGCACUCACCUCCCCACUCAAGUCAAGCUGAUCUGGUUUGCUGUGAAAUGAGACAGGUAAAUACAACCAGGUUUAGGUGAAGGACUGCACAGGUAAAAUGGCACAAAUUCACCGUUAAAAAAUAUAUUUCUAUACUGCCCAAAAGCUGAAGCAUUCUCUAUGUUAUUAAAGUUCUCUAAUCAGAAUGCGUCAAUGACAUAGUGAUACAUACGAAUAAAAGAGAAUUUUUGUUCUCUUUUCACAAGUGCUCACUGUUAAAUGAGGUGAGCAAAAAUGCACGAAUUUGAGCUCUUGUAAGACAGAGGUUAUACUGAACUAACCAGUACUAUAUUAACACAGGCAUUUAUAUGAUUUGAUUUCUACCACCCUUUAACAACUUUUGACUAUGUGACUAAAAGGGAGCUGUUCAGGCUUACUGGAGGGGUGGUCAGUACCCUGACCCUUUAUUUAAUUUGCUUUGCUGUCAAACCAUCCCGAGACUUUGGUGGUGGACAGUGUUUGAAUGAAUAAUUAAUUAGUUUUACUUCUUCAGAAUUAAAAGAAUAUGAAGCCUUUUUAUCUCACUCAGGCAGGAGGACUUCACAAGCUUCCUCUAUAUAAUUCUGGUAUUUUUCCCACUUCUCCAUUCUUGAUCACUUCAACCUGAUAGUAUGCAUUUCUAGGCUAAAACCUGGUUGUAUAGAUAUGAUUUUGUCAGGUACACAUUUCAGCACUUUGAGAAAGGCAACGCCAGUCCUGAAACUGCUACAGAAAGAAAAGAUUGCUAUCUUGGACACUAUUUGCAGGAAAUAGUACUUUGUCAGAUAAACCUUCAGGAUGAAUGUAUAUUUCUCUGCAUACUGUAGAGCAGAUGCCUACAACAUCCUCCUUUAGUUUUUGUGGACCUACACAAAGUUCAAUUGCUCUUUGACAAGGCUACAUUUAGCCUAAGGAUAGAAAGUGGAAGUUGAGAUAUGAGUUACCUUUAUGAAUAAACAUGCUAUUAAUUAUGGGACUACCACUGCAUUACAAAUUAAAAUACUAGACUGUAUUCUGAAGUCUAACAUAGCUAGUUUUGUUCUUAGGAAUGAAAGUCAAUAGCUUCAUCCUUUUUAAUUGACUAUUGAACAAUUAAGGGCAGUAACAGCCAAAUCUUGUGGCCUCCAGAUGGUUAUAGGAGUUUUUUGAUUUCCAGCUACAACCUCAUAACUGGCAAGCCCUUUCUAUCUUCCACUUAGAACCAGAAAAUCUACCUCAGAGAAAGGCUUUUGGGGCAUUUGCGGUGCAGGCAGGGUAGGGAAGAGAUGGGUACCACCAUGAUAUCAUUUAUCCUGACAGUGCCUGGGCUUCCUUCCUUCCCACUCCAAAGUGCGACACUAGGGUGACCACUGGCUCUUUGUCCCUCCCAUUCAGACCUGUAAUCCUCUGAGUUCAGAUGGUUAAUGGGCACCUCCACAGAACUGGGACGUAAGGGAAUGAAGAGAUCUCUUUUAUAACACUUGUCAACAUCUGCCAUUUUUGUAGUGUCCAAGGUUAAAUCACUAUUGUCUGUCACUGAGUGGCCUUAUUCCAUUCCUUUUAUUUGUAGCACAUUAUACAAAGCUAUUUUUCCAUGUAAAAUUAGGGGUGGAAAGGGAAAGAGAUGUUUUUACACACACACACACCCCUACCUUUUUUAAUGCAUUCUGCAGUGUUUGUGAAAGGAAUUCUACCUAUUUUCAGCUGUAGCAAAAAUAUAGUAAAAGCUUGUUUCCUUUAGAGGUCCUGUUCUCUCUUUUGAAGUCUGCCAUUAUAUUGUGGGCUCUCCUACAAUGUUAUGAUUCUUCUUUGAACAAUUAUGAGAAGUAUGAACUCAGGAGCAUGAUGUAACCCUUGAAAGAAUCAACUGAACUUUUAAAAAUGAUAUCUUUUAAUUUGUCAGUUUGCAAAAAGCAUUUGUGUGGAAGAACUGCCUUUUUCUUGGGAUGAACAAUUGUAUUUCAACGUAGAGAGUGGUUUGCCUUGUUGCCUUUGGCUGCCAAAUGAUAAACUUGAAAUAAUAAUGAAAUUAUAGCAAGUACAUUAAAUAUUUAUUUGUGCAACUAAAAGCAGUGUGACUGUUUUACAAAAGCUGUAAUAACGCACAAGCUUAAAUCAUGAUCUCUUGUAUUGCACAUGUAAAUAAAAAUAUUUUGCACUUAGUCAAAAUGUAUAUGAAAACAAUAUAUCAGAGGUCUUUUGAGGCUUCUUAACCCUCUACAAUUAAUUCAUUUUGCCAUCUCUUUUUUUUUUAUAAACCACAAACAUUUUUCAGGUGUUGAAACAAAGAUGCAGGGCUCCCUUUGCUUUAUUAGGCCACCCACUGAUUUUUGUGGCAACUAGGGCCACAUCCAACAUCAUGCAAGUAGACUUCUGCUUUUGCCUUCCCUUUCUCCUAUUCCAAUUUGGCUACAUUUGAUAUUGCUUCUGAAAUGGGAACUGUGGCUAGUUUUAACUACAGACUGUAACUUACAAUUCAAAGUUGGUUUGUUCAGACAAAUCAUAGUUAAACAGUCCUAGUUCAGACAUAACAGCAAACCAUGCUGUGUUAAAAAAAAAAAGCAAAAACUUCCUAUUUUCUUAGCUGCAGAAUGAGAAGGGGGUGUAUGACCCUCGGAUUUAUGUGUUAUACUAGAACACGGAUGUUUCUGUUAAAAAUUGUGUUUUUUGAAUAUAUAUUUCAAAUCACUUGCAUCAAGACACCAGGAUCCCAAAGCUGCAAAAAUGAAAACAUAUUAGCACAGAGAUAUAUAGAAUAAUGAAGGGUCUAGACUGAAAAAGAUGAAUGUAUGGAGUAGCAAAGCUAGACCUGAUGAUUUUAACAAGCACGUGUAUAUAGGCAGAUGGACCACAUGAGAACCACAUGAUAGUUCUCACCCAUCUUCUAUUUCAGAAGUUAGCUUAGCUUAUGGAGGUAAAUUAUGCAGGUUGAGAAGUGGUUCUUCAGAAAAUAUUUUUUUAAUCAAAGUCUUGUAUAUCUAUCUCAUCAUGGGUAUGUGAUUUAAUUUGUGGAUCUAUAUGUGCAAUUCAUGAAUGUGUACUCCUUCUAAAAAGCACCAGAUUGUUGUGUUACUUGCUGUACAGAAAGAAAGAUAAAGCCAGCAGUUUUUUCACAUUGCCAGAAUUUGGUAGCCUGAAUAUCAAUAUUGUGAUGACCUGUCUUAAAUGUCUUUGAACGACGAAUUUCCUUGUGAACCAAGUGAAUAAAAUUAUUCUGCAAACGUAAACCACCAAGCUGCACUGUUUUUCUUACCAUCAUUUAUUCCCAGUGUCCUUUUGAAAAUGAGUAACCAUUGUAAAGCAGAAGAUAAAAUGGCACUUUUUAAUGUGUGUACAGUUCAUUCUCUGAUAAGGACAACUAAAUGUUUCAUAUUGUGGCUGGAUUCAUUAACUGUGAUGUUUGUUCUGCAUGUGCUUGUAGUACCUGUAUAAUGUAACAAAUAUUUCUGCAGUUACUGUUUUAUACGAACUACCUGGUUUUAUUUGUCUGAGCCAUAGUUUCUCCUAGCACUGGGCAUGUCUUUGCUCAUUUGAAUGAAGUAUAUGAACUAGAGAAAGGUACCAGAGAAACACUGUAAAGAGAUAGUCUGUUUAUUAAAAUGCAAAUAAUAAAGAUACAAAUAAUUUUUGAAGUGUCAGGGCCUGAACUUCAAAAACAGGUUUAAGGAGCUACUAGAACUGGCAUUGCUGUAUUUGUUUCCUUUAUCAAUCUCAGUUUUUCCAAUUUGUGCCAGCUGCAAGAUGAUUAAGGUUACAUUUAUAAGCCAGAGGGAGUUAAUUUAAUUAAUGUUCAGGGUUUCUGCCUUAUUGUGAUUUGCAAUAUGUAAACUUCAAAGUACAAAAUAAACAACUAUGAUAACCAA